AUGCUCAACCAAGGCGUCGUGACCGAGAUCAACGGCUGUCUCUCGACGGGCAAGGAGGCUAAUGUGUACCACGCACGCCUCGGCGCCGGCGGCGAAGGCGCGAUCAAGGUCUACAAGACGGUCAUCCUCGUCUUCAGGCGACAAUCGACUCCGCGCAAGAUGGUCAAACUUUGGGCGGAGAAGGAGAUGCGCGACUUGAAGCGCCUCACGGACGCCGGUAUCCACUGCCCGGACCCGAUCCUGCUACGGUUGAACGUGCUCCUCAUGACGUUCAUUGGACGACUCUCCGAGUCGCAGCUCUUUGAGUUUGUGACAAGCCCCCGACAGUUCAACGACGAGCAGGUCGAUGCGAUGCUCGAUAUGAUCCAAGUCCAGGUCGAGGACCGCCCGACGACCAAGACGAAUGAGCAGCAGGUCGAGGAAGCCGUCUUUAUGCAGAAGUUUAUCUCGUCGUCGCUCGCCCAAGUGCUCAACUCGGAGCGCGAUCAGCUCGCGUACGCCGAAGACCGCAUGUUAGGCAACAUUAUUGCCGUCGUCAAGGUCGUGCGCGACAUCUGCUCUUCGACAAGUGGCGCCUGCUUACCCAGCGGGUCAAGGCGUUCAACCGACGACGGCCGGCGCCUUUUCCAGCAAGCUCGUAACCAUCCGCAAUCACAUCAAGGAGCAUGCGGCGAAUAA